ACGGCGGGGACCGGGCUUGGGAUUGUUGGUUAAUUUCGCAAUCGAGUUUGGGGCGGGUUCGGAUAGCUGUAGGGCAAAUUUUGCGAGUACCGUUGCCGUCCCUCAAAUUACGAUUCUCUUCGCGCAAACGAAACCUCGACGGCCGCAAUGGUGGAGAAGAAGGCGAAGGCCAAGAAGAAGAGCAACCCCUUCUCUCCCAUGCUAUCUUUAGAUAAGAAGAAGAAGGUCAUGGGCAAAAAGAAGGGCAGGAAAGAGGGGAGGAAGAAAGGAUCUGGUCCUCGCCUCCCUUCUUCCCUCCGCAAGGAGAUCGAUCUCCUAAACCCUAAUCCUAAGUCUCCCGAGCAUGAGUCUGGAUCCGAUGGAGAAGAGGGAGAUGUCAGGGAGGACGUAUAUGAGUACGAGGAGCCGCUUCCCGAAGAGGAAUCGAAGAAGAACCGGCGGUUCGACUCUGUGGAUAACUAUGAGUAUGAGCUCCCGGAAGAGUUCGAGGACGAGGACGUGCCUUCGGAUGAUGAGGAGGAUGAGGGUAUUCUGUCGGACAAGUCGGAUGAAGAGGAGGAAGGCGAUAGACAUCUGAGGAUGCUCCAGGGGAUCACCGGCAUGCCCAGCGAGGCAUUUGAAGGUAAGGGAAAGAAGAAGGCGGUUUUAUCGGACUUUCAAGGGGAU